GCUUUAUUUUUUUUUUUCUUUUUCUUUUCUGUUUACCUUUUUUUUUCUUCUUUUUUUCUUUCUUUGUCACUUUUAUACACAAUAAAAGAUCGAUGCUCCGAGCAACUAGAGGAGUAUGUCACUGGAAGAAAGCAAGUACAUUUAAACUACUUCAAUUACCGUUACCUUCUUCAAAUCACUUUAUUGGACGUUAUAAAUCAACCAAUGUCAAAAUCAACAAAUUGAAAACUCCCAAUGAACACAAAUAUGUAUCUGCUCUUGUGGGUGAUCCUGAAAACAAACUGACUCCUGAUGAAAAACGACUUUUAUCUUCCAAAGAAGUGAUUCCAAAGUUAUAUAUUGGUGAUUAUGUGGAAGCAUUCAAACAUGGACAAUUCAGUGGUAUUGUAGUGGCUCAACAGGCUAUAAGUGGACGACAACAACGACUAACAGUACUCCUACGAAAUGGUAAAACAAUUGAUUGUAGAACAAGUGAUGUUGCUUUUAGUAUAUCGGAUUUUGUAUCUAGUCCUGCAGUGACCCAAUUUCUACGUACCCCAGUGACGAUUAAUCGACAAGCAACACAAAUGGACUUCAUCCCUACUGAAUACAUGCGAGCGAUUCAAUCUUAUCAACGAACAGUCAAAUUGGAAAAGGGUAUGGGUAUCCGACGAUUGGAUAAGAUGUAUGAUCAUUUCAUCAACUCAUCAUCAUCAUCAUCAUCAUCGACAACAUUGGAGGAUUUGACUCGAUUUGCAUUUGAUGAAAAAAUAACAACACCUAUUCAUCGACAUGCGACAUUCUUGUAUCUUGUGGCGAACAAUAUUCAUUUUAUACCCGGUGCAAAUAUAUUGAAAUCUGGUACUUGGCUUUUACGAUCUCAAGAUCAAGUGGAACCUAUUAGUCAAGUCAUUCAUUGGAUUCGAACAAGAGAUACACAUUAUACAGACUUUUUACAAAAAGCAAAUACAUUGGUCAACUUUUAUCGAAAAAAUGCAGAUGAACACACUGGUAUUAUCGCUCCUGAUAUACUGUCAACUAUCAACGAUAAAGUACAAUUAACAGCAACUGACAAGAUGUUUAUAAAUUUUAUGGUGGAUUGGAUCAAGAUGCCAAAAGUAAUUAUGGAAUCGCCUCAUGAAGUUUUUGGACCUGCUAUUCUCAAGGGUUUACAAUGUUAUGAUGAAUUAUUUGUGGAUCAAUCUCUGGCAAUCACGUUCUUGAAGCAAAUAGGUAUGUUCCGUCCUUGGGAUAAUGUUGGAUUAGUGGAAGAAGCAGCCUCGAUACGUCCUUUUGUAUGGUCCACUGAUGCUGAAAAAUAUGACAAAACAAUGAAUGAAUACACAAAUAUGUUUUUGGAUCAAGAUCGACAACAAUGGAAAAAGGCAGGGUUCUAUGCUAAAGAUCCUAGUGAUGCUCUACGACAUGAUUUUGGUAAUUUGCCUGUGUAUACGAUUGAUGAUCCCUCAGCCAAAGAAAUUGACGAUGGUAUUUCUGUUGAACAUAUCCCUGGAACAAACAAUGAAAAGGAUAAGACUUGGUUACAUAUUCAUAUCGCUGACCCCACCGCCUACGUACCUCCUCAUCAUACUUUAGCUUCCAUCAUGGCCGAUCGUAUUCAAACAUUAUAUCUUCCAGAACGCCAUUUCCCAAUGUUACCAGAAACUUUGUCAUCACGAACAUUCAGUUUGGGAUCCACUGCUCAACAAGUCGAUAAGAAAGGAGGUCAAUAUGCAUUCACUUUUAGCGCAGUAUUGAAUGAUCAAGGUCAAUUAUCUGAAUGGAAAGUGCGUCCAAGCUUAGUACGAAACGUCAUCAAACUUCAUUACGAUGAUGUCGAUGCUUUCUUUGCAACAAAAUUCCCGCCAAACACCAAUUUGGAUCCACUCAUCGAUCUCACAUCCACCUACUCUCAUCCUCAACAACAACUUCAAGAAAAAGAAAAAGAAGAAGCAACACCUCAGCAAGAUUUAUCGAUAGCAAUACAAAGGGAUUUGAUGGAUAUUUAUCACUUGACCAAGCAACAUUCACAACAACGAGUACGCAACGGAGCGAUUAAUUUUAUACGACCCAAUCCUGUGAUUUCCUUGGGAUCUGAUAGUUUGGAUUUACCAAGCUUGACUUUUGAUGAUGGAUACCAGUACGCAACGGCAUUACCACCAAUUAAUCUCUCCUUGGAUCAAUCGGCAAUAUCGGCUUCACGUACGAUGGUGGCAGAGAUGAUGAUGAUGGGUGGACGUAUUGUUAGUCGAUAUGCACAUGAACAUGGUAUAGUUCUUCCUUUCCGAACACAACAAUGGGGCAAGCAUCAACAAGCAGCAAGAGAAACGAUGAUGGCGAACCGUGAUCCAGAGACGGGUAUGAUGCGAUUCCAAGAUUUAUUACAACAUAUGAAGGAUUUGCCUGCAGCUGGACUGACGACUACUAGUGGCCAACCGCAUGCUUUGAUGGGGAUCACUGAUGGCUAUUGCAAAGCAACAUCUCCUUUACGACGAUAUAUGGAUAUGAUCAUUCACUGGCAGAUCAAAGCCCAUCUCUUAGGUCAAUCGCUUCCUUUUAGUCGGACGGCUUUACAACAUAUUGGACCAAAGAUCGAAUUACAGGAAAAGCAAAUGUCCAUGCUACAACAACGAUCAUUACAAUUCUGGGUACUCAGUUUGAUUCAACGUUUGGAAUAUGAUAGCAACAUGACUUGGAAAUGUAUGAUUCAUGAAAAAUGUCGACCAACAACAACAGCUUUGGGUGGAUCCAUGUUGGCUGCUACUGCAACUAUUCUAGAAUUGGGCAUUCGCGCUAGAGUUGAACAUUUGAAAGAUAAUGUCGAUAUUGGGGAUGUAUUGGAUGUACGGGUAUCAAGUAUCAAUCCUCGUUUGGGCAUGGUCAACCUGGUUACUGUAUAGAUUUUGUAUUUAUAGAUCAUAGAUUAUAUUUUACAAUAGACUUUUUUUUUAUAUAUUUUCAUUAAAAGACAUUAUGAUUUGCCUCUCAG